UAACCAUUGGGAAUACGUUGCGGAAUUAUACUUUAUUGGGGUAUAAACGUCUAAAAGGCCUAAAAAAAAACAAACGAAAACGUUUACAAAGACCAACAUUGGAAUUAACAACAAGGAAAGCCCAUUAUGGGUGACAAAACAGACAGUAUCUUCUGGGUGAGGGCGUCUCCAGCAAGUACGACAAAUGUAAAAUUAUCCGAGCCGUUUAAAAAAACAGACACUACCAAGUUCCCUCUGGUAAUUCAGUCUGAAGAUGAAUUGUAUGAUCGGGAGUCUGUUCCUGCCCUGCUGGGAUCGUUUGCAAAAAAUGUCAGCAGUACCCAUGGCUUACCGCAUGUCUUCAAAUCUACGACCCUAUUUAGCCGAGCGAUUUGGGCAACUCUUUUCUUGGUAGGCGUCAGCAUGUUUAUUUGGCAGAUAGCUACUCUUGUCAUCUUCUACAUUAGUUAUCCAGUGAACGUGAAGGUAUCGCCUUGUUUACCAGAAGAUUUUUUGUGCGGUUCGGGUGAGAAUUGUAUCAAACAGUACCUGAGGUGUGAUGGUAUCAACCACUGCCGUGACUUCAGCGACGAAAAUGGGUGCACUUACGGGGACUGUCGAAGCGAUGAACUUUACAAAUGUUCCAACGGGAGUGCCAGUGGAAUAUGUAUCGACAUAUCCCACAAGUGCGAUCGGAUCAGUGACUGCUAUGACGGCGAGGACGAGGAUAAAUGCGAGUGUAAAGUGAAAGAAUUUAAAUGCGUGGAGCGUGGAGGGUGUAUUGACAAGAAACUUGUUUGUGACAAUACAACGGACUGUACUGAUGGCAGUGACGAGGAAGGAUGCGACAUCGAUUGUACGGAUGGUUGGAAGUGCCUUGACGACGCUUGUAUACCCCAUAGCUACCGAUGCGAUGGAUAUACGGAUUGUCGGAAAGGAGAAGACGAAUUAGAAGAAAACUGUGUCAUUGCAACAACCGUUGCACCGGCUUGUUCGGCUGGAGAGUUUCAGUGCCUAAGUUUGGAGUGUAUUCCCGGCACGUGGGUAUGUGACUUUGAACAAGAUUGUUCAGAUGGCAGCGACGAAUAUGACUGCUGGGGAUCGAGUUUUGAGGAAUCAUGUAGCUCCGGGGAGUUCGCGUGUGCAAGUGGCUUUCAAUGUAUCUUCGCAAGUUGGGAAUGUGAUGGAUAUCCUGAUUGCUGGGAUAGUUCUGACGAGAUUGAAUGUGAAUGCAAUGGGUUCACAUGCGUAAGUAGUGGGAUAUGCCUGCCACGAGGCUGGAAGUGUGAUACGUGGGACGACUGUGAUGACGAAUCGGAUGAAGCUGAUUGUAAUGGAGAUUACUAUAUAUACUCCUCUUCAUUGUCGUCGUCGUCUUCAAGUGAAUCAUCUGAAUCUGAAUCACAGGGCUCUUCUGAUGAUGAGUCUGCUCCUGAUUUACAGGACUCAUCUGAAUCUGUAUCUAAACCUGGUUCUCAAGGUUCGUCAGACGCUGAGUCUGCUCCAGAUUCACAGGACUCAUCUGAAUCUGUAUCUAAACCUGGUUCUCAAGGUUCGUCUGACGCUGAGUCUGCUCCAGAUUCACAGGACUCGUCUGACGGUGUAUCUCCACCUGGUUCUCAAGGUUCGUCUGAUGGUGAAUCUGCUCCUGAUUCACAGGAUUCGCCUGACGGUGUAUCUACACCUGGUUCUCAAGAUUCGUCUGAUGGUUCGUCUGAUGGUUUGUCUGUACCUGAUUUACAGGACUCGUCUGACGGUGUAACAAAACCUGGUUCUCAAGGUUCGUCUGAUGGUGAGUCUGCUCCUGAUUUAAAUGCCUCGUCUGACGGCGUAACAACACCUGGUUCUCAAGGUUUGUCUGACAUUGAGUCUGCUCCGGAUUCACAGGACUCGCCUGACGGUGCAUCUACACCUGGUUCUCAAGGUUCGUCUGGUGGUGAGUCUGCUCCUGAUUCACAUAACUCGAUUGACGGUGUAUCUACACAUGGUUCACAAGGUUCGCCCGAUGGUGACUCUGCUGCUGAUUCACAGGACUCGUCUGACGGUGUAACAACACCUGGUCAUCAAGGUUCAUCUGCUCCUGAUAUACAGGACUCGUAUGACGGUGCAUCUACACCUGGUUCUCAAGGUUCGUCUGAUGUUGAGUCCGAUUUUGGAUCAGUGGGCUCGACUGUCAGAUUAUCUACACCUGGUUCACAAAGCUCUUCUGAUGGCGAGUCUACUCCUGAUUCACAGGGCGCAUCUGAUGGUGAAUCUACAAUUGCAUCAGAACUGGGAUCAUUUGUGGAACCUACUACUGAGAUCAGUGGUUCAGUCGAUGUCCAGCCUGAAAAUUCUGACUCCGAAUCUGCCAUUAGGUCUGCAGGCUCUUCUGAUGUUGGAUCUGAAUCUGGUAGACGCAAGCGGUCAGCCAACAAUGGUCCCGUUCAAAUUGGAAGCGAUGCCGACUAUUUUACAACUGAGUAUAUCGGAAAUAACGCAGCAUCAACGGAACCAACUACUACUGUUGAAUCAACCGUGGAACCAAAGUGUGCAGGUGGAUUUAGCUGUCUUUCCGGUGAAUGUCUUGAGAGCUGGAUGGAAUGUAACAACUACCCUGAUUGCUCAGACGGCAGCGACGAGUAUUUGUGUGGAAGUGUAGAUAGCAUGUGUAACCCAGGAGAGAUUAAAUGUCGUGGCGAGGACAGGUGCAUCGACGCGCUGCUUGAAUGCGAUGGUGAAGACGAUUGCCUUUUUAACUCGGACGAAACAGAGUCAUACUGCUCCCGCAACAGUACAGGAGUUGUUUGUCCGGACAAAUAUUUCAUGUGCGAUUCUGGUAAAUGCAUUCACGAAUACAGCAAAUGUAACUCUGUGUUUGACUGUUUUGAUAUGAGUGACGAACGAGAUUGCAUAAAUUCAGACAUUGAAGCUAGUGUAACAUUUGAAUCUGGUUGGCACGAGAAUUAUAACGACAUUACAAUUGAUGAAGAUAUCUACAAAGAAUUUAUCGAUGCGUUUUACAAGAAACGAGACUUUGAAAGGGUGAAAGGAGAGGUUCCUCCUGACUGGUACGGCUUUAUGUCAUUCAGUUCAACUCCAGACUACAGUGACUUAGAGGACGUCCUUAAACUGACGAAAGAUGAGAUUGAAGACCACGGUCAUCAGGCUAACGACUUUAUCUUACAGUGUACGUUCGACCAGAACCAAUGUUCGAUCAGGGACUUCAUUCAUUUUGAAAAUGACGCGUAUGGGAACUGCUUUAUCUUUAAUCAUGGGCAAAAUGGUGAACCCGUCAGAAAUUCAACUCGCACUGGAGCAAAAUUUGGCUUAAAGCUGACUCUAUUUACGGAGCAGGAGGAAUACAUUAGUAUCUACGGAGGCGAGGCUGGCGUACGAGUAGUCGUCGAUAGCAGCGACAGGCUAAAGUUUCCAGAAGAUGAAGGCAUAACUAUCAGACCAGGAGUGAUAACUUCACUUAGCCUGAGAUAUAACGUUGUCACAAAACUCGGGCACCCGUACGGUAAUUGCUCAUCAGAAGGUAAUGAGAGGUACCAUGAUAUGCUGAACCAGGCAUAUGGUGUUAACAAGUAUGUUUAUGGCUACGACCGGAAGUCUUGUGAGAAAAGCUGUGUCCUCGUCAAAAUCAAGGAAAGGUGCGAAUGUUCAGAUGCAGUUUCGCUAAAAGGUGAAAGGUGCAGGGUCCUGAACAAAGAUCGAGACAUUUGCAAACAGCUAAUGUAUUUCUUUUACCAGCGGCAACUGCUUGGAUGUGAUUGCAAACAGCAGUGCAGUGAACAGUACUAUUCAAAGACAGUCUCUCAAUCGCUUUGGCCGUCAGAGGUUUAUCUGAAACAUUUGCUGAAAAGUAUUCAUAAUAUCAACAAAAAGACGAACGGUAUCAACGACAUGGCCUCUGUCAGAGAAAAUAUCGCCAGAUUAGCAAUAUAUUUCGAGGAGUUGAAUUUUGAGAGCACGGUACAGGAACCAGCAUACCAGGUGGAGAGUUUGUUCAGCGACAUCGGUGGUACAGCGGGCCUCUACAUUGGCAUCUCAUUUAUUAGCUUUUGCGAGUUCAUUGAACUACUUUUUCAGCUUGUGAAGCAAAUCAAAAGAUACCACAGUGUAGGAGCUAAAAACAGUCGUUGCGACGAUCUCAAAGUAUAAACAUAUAUCUUUCAUUAAAGACAAAAAAGACGAGCAAUAACAAUAAUACAACAGCGUUAUGAACAAGAAGAUACCUUUAAAUGUCAUAAAAUUAGGACUAGAAAAAAAUAACAAAAACAUCCUCUUACGAUUAGCAGAUGUUAUAAUGUAAGGAUUUGAAAGUACCCCAAAAUACAACGGCUUUAUAAAACCAACUUCACAGAACAGAAAGCCUGUAAUAUUUACGCCUAGAAAAUUAUUCCUGGCUCACCAAAUCGCAAACCUUAAAAAUAACCUCAACAAACAGUAUACAUACAUAUAACUAAAUAUAACCGUUUGUAUAGGCCUAACUCAAUAUUACAACGGACUUUAUCAAGUGCCGAAAUAUCAUAUUGUAAUUUAAAAUCUAGUAGGAUAGGUCUCCAUUAUAAUUAAUUAUUGUAAUAAUGGGAUUAACCAGCAUUUAUUUAUUUAUUUUUUAAAUUAAAUAUUUUCUUUUGACUAAUUUUCCUUGUUUGUGGGAGCAAAAUGUUCUAUGAUUGGGGGUAAAAUUUUGCUUGGUCAGACAAUUUUAGCACUGUUUCUUUUUUCGAUCCAUACUAUAUGAUUUUAUAAUUGUCAUUUUAUGUAGAUUGGUCAAGACAGUUUAGUACAUAUAAUAAUUUGUUUUAUUUAUUAUAUUUUAUAUUAAAAUUUUAAUUAACUUUUAUAAGUUUUUAUGUGUGAAGGUUUGACUAUUUUAUUUACAAAACUGGAGAGCCACAAUGAUAGCGUUGAUAGCUCCUGGUACUUUUGGAUGCCCUUUUCUCUCAGUUCUUUUUUGUAUGAUUGUAAUGUUUAUCUGAAAACCGAAUAAACUAUAAAAAUAAUAAAAAAAAUAACCUACAAUAUUGCUGUCGAUGCAUUACUACAUAAAUUAUAAACAAUUUAUGGCACAGGGCAUAUUGAUCUGCAGCCUUUUCAUUUACAGGUAGGACCUGUCGCUCGAUAGUAAUAAUCAUGUGUGCGAUCCAAAAAGCUAAUGUGUUUACCAAAGUAGUGUAAUUUUUUUGAUAUGCACAAUAAAUAGACGGUUAGAUUUACGUCACUUAGGCUCAAGUUACAGAUUAUCAAAUAUUGUUAUAGGUUCUUUGUUGAAUUAUUUAGACCUGUAUUGGAUAUGACGUUAAUAUACUAAAUAAAAUUGGUCAGAUAUUAUACUAAUAGUAACAAAGUGGAAGACACUUGCAUAAUAAAUGCAUGGAGUAGACACCGGUGUACUUACGUAAAGUGCACCGUCAUAUACUUACAUCAUAAUUGAUGCAAUUAUCAUG